AUGGACUUCGUGGGAAAGACGUCUCUUUCAACUGAAAAGGUCAUGUGGUCUACACAAGCUCCGUUUGUUAACGUCGAUGCCACAUCUGGCGACACUCUGAGCAUCUACAACCCGCACGAUGAAAGCCAAGUCGCCGAUGGCAUCCAAGUAGCUUCCCAUGAAGAUGUUGACAAAGCUGUCUCUGCCGCUCGCGCCGCGUUCAAGGGCGAGUGGUGUCAAUGGACACCGCAACAGCGCAGCGAUGCGAUGCUGAAGUUUGCAGGUCGUACUGACAAGCAUGCUGAGGAGCUUGCUCUCUGGGAGGUGAAAAGUAUGGGUCAGCCCAUCAAUGUCGCAAAGUUCGUCUAUGCCUUGUUUGGCAAGGUAUUCAGGUACUACGCUGGCUGGACAGACAAGCUGCCAGGAGAGGCCUGGAUUGAAGAUGAACAGGGCAUUCCGAUUGGGACGCUGCAACUUGGCCAGUUCGUCAAAGAAGUUGGCUUUCCACCUGGCGUUAUCAGCAUUAUCACCGGCGAUGGUAAGGUGGGUGCAGCUUUGGCAUCUCAUAUCGACAUCAACAAAAUCUCCUUCACCGGAUCUGCCUUUGCCGGAAAGAAGGUUCAAGAGCUUGCUGCGAAGAGCAACCUCAAGCGUGUGACUCUGGAACUAGGUAGCAAGUCGCCCAGUCUCAUCUUCCCAGAUGCCAACUUUGUGAACGCACUACAGCAUUACAGCCAGAACUCCCUCUUCAAUUCUGGUCAGGCCUGCAUUGCUGCAUCCCGCACCUUCGUUCACGAAGACAUCGCAGAGAAGUUCAUCCAGGAGCUCAAAACGCGCUUUGAGCAGUUUGCUCACGCCAUGGGACAGCCCAUGGACUUGAACACAUUCUUGGGCCUACUAGCCGAUGGCAAGCAGUUCGAGCGUGUGAUGAGCUUCCUGGACAUUGGUAAAGAAGAGGUGGAGCUCCUGACUGGAGGUGCAAGAUAUGGUGACAACGGGUGGUAUGUCCAUCCGACCAUCUUCUUGAAUCCUAAGGAUGACGCAGGGAUCUAUCGUGGGGAGAUCUUUGGUCCAGUCCUCACAAUCCGUACGUUCAAGACAAAAGAAGAGGCAAUCAAACUAGCCAAUGAUACCAGCUUGGGUCUCUCAUCUUGCAUCUUCACAGCAUCUAUCCCACAAGCUCUGCGCAUUGCCAAGCAUCUCGAUGCUGGUAAUGUCAACAUCAAUACUUCGCAGGUCUUCGGCCCGAAUGUGCCAUUUGGCGGAUCGAAGCAGUCUGGCAUCGGACGCGAAGGUGGUCGCCUAGGCUUGAUGAACUACGUCGAGGCGAAGACCAUUUCCAUCAACAUGAAUGCCUGAUGGAACAGAAACAUUUUUCAGCCACCCUACUCAAGGCGCCAACACAAAUUGACCACGACGAGCAAACAAGACCAACCUAUCGUUCGAAAUGUCAACGUUCUUC